GCCCAUGAUGUCCGUUGGGUCAAAUUAUACAGGAAGCCAGCAGGGAGGAGCCCUUUGUUCACAUUGGCCAAUUAAUCCUAGCUUUUCUUCGGAGGUCACCAGGGGCUCACAACUCAAUCCCCUCCCCGUUGUGCUGCUUAAAGCUAAGCCUUCUUCGUCCCAAAGCAAACAAAACCACCACGACGGCUCCAACCAAAAGGCAAAAGCUUCGUCCAACUAAAAUCCCCCUGUCCCUUGUCUCCUUCCAACUUCCCCCACUUCCUCCUCCUCUUCUGGUCUCCCCGUCUACCCAGCUUUCUAUAAGACCCACUCGCUUACGGAGCUCAGUUAUCUUUCUACCUCCUCUCCUGUGUCCCAAAUACUACUUUUCACCUCUUUCUCUGGAGUAUUUUCUUCGCCUGCGUGCCCUUCUCCUUCUUCCUCUUGUUCCCAGUUUGCUCUGUUUCCUUCAUCACCAACACCUUUGUUAACGUUGCUACCUCCAUUUCCAUCUAUCUGCUUCUUUAGUGUUUUUAGACUGCAAAAGGUUCCGUUCUACCAACAAAAUCCGAAGCUUAUCUCUCCGUGUGCUCCCCCCUGUUUCGAUGAAAACGUAGAUCUACCAUUCCUAUAGUUGUCAACCACCCCACCAAGAUUCGAGCUUUUCCCCUUAUUUCCUUUCUCAGCUCCUUUCGACUUGGAAAAAUCAAAUCUUUUGGGUUUUUGCCAUCGCCGAGACCUCUCUUUACACACAAAACCCAAACUUGUUGUGCCUUAUCGCUUCUCCGGCCGCUGCAGACCCAUAAAAAUAAAAAUCCCGUAUUUCGCGUUCUCGAUGCCUUCCGGGCGGAGAAGGUUCGUGGUGCGGCAUCCGGUGGUGGUUGACAUCGGCUGCAGCUGCCGGCGGCCGAAGCUCCCAUCUUUCUUCUCCUUCUCAUCGAAACCCAAGUUGUCGAGGACCCCCAGCCUCCUCUCUCCUUCGACCACCACUUCACACUGGGAAACCAGCCUCACUGCCACCACCACCGCCACAGUCGCCAACUCCUCCUCUUCUCCUUCCCGAUACGGCGGCUCCACCUCCUCGCCGUCUUCAGCGUUCUGCCCGCCGGAGAGCCCGAAGUGGGCGGCCGCUAGGGAGCACUGGAAGCCGAACAAGAAGAAGAACAAGUGCGAUGCAUCCGGGACGCCGAGGAAGGGGGUGGUGGAGAGUAGCGUGGCGGUGGUGAAGGAGUCGUCGGACCCGUACCUGGACUUCCGGGACUCGAUGCUGCAGAUGAUCGUGGAGAUGGAGAUCUACGCGUGGGAAGAUGUACGCGAACUUCUCCACCGCUUUCUCGCCCUCAACGCCCCCCGCCAUCACCACCUCAUCCUCCGCGCCUUCGCCGAGAUCUGGAACGGCUUAGUCUCGCCCACUUCCCCCUCGCCGCGCCCCUCCGCCUCUGCCUCUGCUUCUGCUUCCGCGCCUCGCCGCUCCCGUCGGCGGUGAUCGCACGCGACCCAGAAAAGACAAGAGUUGAGAUCUUGUCACCACCUUGUGCCACGUGGAAAAUCAGAGGGUACCUCCACCGGGUGGUGAUAGGAUCUCAAAGUUCCUCGUCUCUUUUAACCUAUCUUUUGUCUCCUCUUCUUACGUUCCGUCUCAGAAUCAAGAACGCCUUAUGGUGUAAUGCUUUCUCCUCUCUUACUCCGCCAAUUAAAAAUCUGGUUGGCUUUUCGUGUGUUAGGAACUGCAUCAACUUUUCGUACUCCAUACGUUGAGUUAUGAUCCAUCGGCAUGAACUUUUCACGCACUGACCAUGGAUUUUCAAGCUAAAUCUGUUCUUUGGGACUUCGUCGAUCACAGUAAUGUUUUCUUGUUCUUGAGCACUGGAAAUUGUCAGCUAUAAGCUUUCAACCCUGGAGAAUGCAAUCAGUGGAGAAACACACGAGAGAAAGCAGUGGGAGCGUCACAGAUCCCAUGAUUCAUGAGAUAUGCGAACUUGCACCUAAUGUCCAUUAAUUGCCCACCUUUUGGCCUCACGAAGAACCCUGUGAGACCUCCCCCACAGCUCAGUUCUGAGUUCAGUAUUUACGCAUAAAUUGUUUUCCCCUACCGUUGUGCCAUUAAACAUAUGCACAGAAAUAUUAUGACUCACUACUUGACGAGAGUAAUAAUGACGAUAAGACUCGGGUUGACGUCAGAUGACGUUUCGUGCCUCUGUUAAUCUGACAGUACCGAGUCAACACGGAUCGGAAUGCCGACCGAGACACAUUAACAUCCUGCUCAGGCUCGAUCCUUCACGCCACUCCAAUGUCGAUGCCAGACUGUCACGGACAAACUUCUAAAUAAGGUGUUUGAUGCAAUGCAUAUGUGUGUCCGUGUCUUUUGGCAUGUUCAUGCCUUGUACAACAUGUAGAGGGGUGGCCGAAGGCUUAUGGUCCUAUUUUAAUAGGGUUGGUGGCCUCUUUAGGCUUGUAAAUAAAGUUUGUGUCAUGUGGACACGUGCGAGAGAUUCUCGGUCUGUAAUGGACCAUUUUACCUUUUG